CGCGAUUUUCUCGGAGAUGUGUGUUGUUUACAAUCGCAUUGCGUUUUUAGAUUAAUUUCGAUUGAGGUAGUCUAGGGUUUGAUCAAAUCUAUUUGAAUCUGGUUUUACACGGGCAUGCUUAACCUCGAGGAAGGCCCUGUAACAUGCUAUCUCUGCCACCACACAUUCGCAGAUCCUUCCUCCGUUCUUGUUCCUCUAUAGCCGCCACUGCUCUUACAUCCACCUCUCACGUCCCACCUGAAUCCAACCACAAGGAUCCUGCUCUCGUCAAGCUUAAAUCCGAGAGAGACCCUGAGAAGCUAUACAACCUCUUUAAAUCCAACGCUACUAACCACUUGGUGGUUGAAAACCGUUUUGCUUUUCAAGAUACGGUUUCAAGAUUAGCCGGAGCAAACCGGUUUGAUUACAUCGAGGAGCUUCUUGAGCAUCAGAAGACGCUUCCACAAGGGAAGCGUGAAGGCUUCAUCGUUAGGAUUAUUAUGUUGUAUGGUAAAGCUGGAAUGAUAAAGCAUGCUUUGGAUAGUUUCUAUAAUAUGGAUUGCAAGAGGACUGUUAAAUCUUUCAAUGCGGCUCUUAAAGUCUUGACUUUGAAACCUGAUCUAGACACUAUUCAGGACUUUCUUGGUGAUGUUCCGUUGAAGUAUGGGGUUGUAAUGGAUGUUGUUUCUUUUAAUAUUGCUAUUAAGUCUCUCUGUGAGAUGGGGUUUCUUGAUAAAGCUUCUUUGGCGAUGAAGGAGAUGGAGAAGUUUGGGUUAAAGCCUGAUGUGGUCACGUAUACGACGCUUAUCUCUGCUUUUUACAGGCAGGACAGGUAUGUGAUUGGGAAUGGACUGUGGAAUUGUAUGGUGCGUAAGGGAUGUAAGCCUAAUCUCACUACCUUUAAUGUUAGGAUUCAGUUUUUAGUGAAUAGGGGACGAGCUUGGGAUGCUAAUGAUCUGUUGAUGUUGAUGCCGAAACUUCAGAUGGAGCCGGACAGUGUGACGUAUAAUAUGGUUAUCAAAGGGUUUUUUGUAGCGGGAUUUCCUGAGAUGGCGGAGAGAGUUUAUACAGCUAUGCAUGGUAGAGGUUACAAACCUAAUGUGAAGAUUUAUCAGACGAUGAUUCAUUAUUUGUGUAAGGCAGGGAAGUUUGAUUUGGCGUAUACGAUGUGUAAGGAUUGUAUGAGAAAGAAGUGGUACCCGAAUUUGGAUACAGUUGGUGUGCUGCUGGAUGGGCUUGUGAAGAAGGGUCAGGUUGAUCAGGCUAAGGUGAUAAUGGGGUUGGUUCGGAAACGAGUUCCUCCUUUCAGCUCAAAACAGUUGCUCUCUCUGGAGUCUAUUUUGUAACGGUGUUUACAUGAAGUUUGUUGCAUUGACACGAUAAUGGGGGAUCAAUGGAUUCUCUUACUUUCUCCAGAGCUUCUCUUGUAUAGUUGUGGUGGAAUUGGAACAUGGGUCUAGUCCCAUAUUAGGAGGCACUAACAUCUUCUUUUUAGCAGAUUUCAACUAUUUGUUCUUCCAACGUUAUUGAGGCUCAGGAUGCUCCAAUGAAUACUGACUGCGAGGAGCAAUUUGGCAUACGCAGAUAUGUGGCCAAUCUUUCGCACAGAAAGACAUGGAUAGGAAAUUUGUUUGGUGAUGCACACACACACUGGACUCAAACAACGAACGAGCCCGGGAAAAAAGUAGGAAUCUUUUACCAAUAGAAGUAAAGAACUGAGGAAGCAAGGAGAAGCUCCUUGUUAUUUGAGAAGAUGAUCCAUAAUUUAUAUGUACCAUUGGAUCAACAGUAUUCUUUUGAUUACCAAAAUAAAAUACAUAUUUAAUGUCAAAUUUUUGAUCCCAUAAAUGAGAAAGCAAAC